AUGGGCAAAGACUUACCAAAAGAAUUGGUGGAGCUCCAUUUAAAGUUGAUGAGGAAAAUUGGCAAAUCUGUUACAGCAGACAGAUGGGAAAAAUACUUAAUCAAGAUAUGCCAAGAAUUCAAUAGCACAUGGGCGUGGGAGAUGGAGAAGAAGGGCUAUCGUGAAAUGAGUAUCGAAUGUAAGCUGGCACUCUUAAAGUAUCUCUGUGAGUGCCAGUUUGAUGACAAUCUCAAAUUCAAGAAUAUAAUUAAUGAGGAGGAUGCAGAUACAAUGCGUCUUCAGCCAAUUGGCCGAGACAAAGAUGGCCUCAUGUACUGGUACCAGCUGGAUCAAGAUCACAAUGUCAGAAUGUACAUAGAAGAACAAGAUGAUCAAGAUGGCUCUUCAUGGAAAUGCAUUGUCAGAAAUCGAAACGAGUUGGCAGAGACUCUUGCACUCCUGAAAGCACAAAUUGAUCCUGUGCUGCUGAAACCCCCUAACCAACAGGACAGCUCUUCCCGGGAAAGCCCCAGCCUGGAGGAUGACGAGACCAGAAAAGAGGAAGAAGCACCUAAACAAGAGGAACAGAAAGAAAAUGAAAAGAUGAAAGUUGAUGGACAGCCAAUCAAUUCAGAAAAACUUUCCCCACCUAACGUUCCAGAAGAGACUGCUGUGAAAAUCGAGAAAGACGAAAAGGAACUUGUGAAGCUGCCGGUCAUAGUGAAGCUCGAGAAGUCUUUGCCAGAACGUGAGGACAAAAAGGGCAUCAGAGAGAAGGGUGAUUCCUUCAAGGAAAAUGUCAAACCUGCUAAAGUUGAAUUGAAAGAUUAUCAGGUAGACUCUAAAGAUACUCAAAGUACUGUGGAGAAACUAGUGGCACAGGAGCCCGAGAGACUGGAGUUUGGCAACAUUAAAUCUUCUCAGGAAAUGACUGAGAAAUCUGCUGAAGACACAGAGAAACUUAAAAAUGACCAGCAGGCCAAGAUACCCCUGAAAAAGCGAGAAAUUAAACUGAGUGAUGAUUUUGACAGUCCAGUUAAAGGACCUUUGUGUAAAUCAGUUACUCCCACAAAAGAGUUUUUAAAAGAGGAAAUAAAACAAGAGGAAGAAACUUGUAAAAGGAUCUCUACAAUUACUUCUUUGGGCCUUGAAGGGAAACAACUGGUCAAUGGAGAGGUUGGGGAUGAAAAGGUAACUCCGAAUUUCAAGACAGAACAAAGAGAGUCAAAGUUGUAUGAUGCCAAAGAAGAUAGCUGUAGCCCUUCUAAGGGCAGAACCGUCAUGAUAGAGGGACACGGGGCAGAGCCCUUCAAUUCUGUCAUAAUGAGUAUCAAAAUGGGUGAGCUUGAGAAGGAAGUGGCCUCUGUAGUGAAGGAUACAGACAGUUCGAUCUCUGUUUCAGAGAUGCAGAGCCAGAAAGAGCAGAUAGGACAAUCUAGUCUGCCAGAAAUGGAAACCUCUCUUGAGACUUCUGAGAUGGCAAAAGAUUUCUCUAUAAAAAGUGUUUUAUCUACCACUGAAUCUUGUUCCAUGAAAGUUGAAGAGAAGUCUCCAAAAAAUAAGAAAGAUAAACGGCCACCCCUCAUAGAAUGCCUUGAAAAGUUAGAGAAAUCCAAAAAGACUCUUCUGGAUAAGGACGCACAAAGAUUGAGUCCAAUACCAGAGGAAAUUCCAAGGAGUACUGAAAAAAAGUCAGAAAAGCCGAGUACUCCCAAAGCAGCUGAAACGUCACCAUCUGACUUGGCUGGUGUCGCUGAGACACUCACUUCAGAGAGAGAAGUGGGGGAGUGUCAGAGCACAGGUUCCGCUGAAGGCCUCAUCCCAGACACAGCAAACCCGAAAAAUCUGAAAGAGAAUUCUGAGCCCCCAAAGGUAGAAAUGGAUCAUCUGAAUAAUGCCCAGGCCUGUGGCAUAGAGGAUUCUUCAGAGACAAAGGGUUCCAUGCAGAAAAGUAAAUUUAAGUAUAAAUUGAUUCCUGGAGAAGAAACCACCGCCUCAGAAAAUAGGGAGAUCACCUCUGAAAGGCAGAAAGAGGGCAUCAAAUUAACAAUUAGGAUAUCCAGUCGGAAGAAGCAGCCAGAUUCUCCCUUAAAACCUGCGGAACCAGAAACCAAGCAGGAGAAGCCUGCAAAGGGAGAAGAGAAAGCAAACGUGGGCCGUACUUUAAGGCGAUCUCCAAGAAUCUCUAGACCCACCGCGAAAGUGGCUGAGAUCAGAGACCAGAAAGCCGAAAAGAGAAGAGGGGACGGAGAAGAUGAAGCAGAAGAAGAAGCGGCAGCUCUGCAAAAAGACAGAAAAGAAAGUUUGAAGAAAGCGGAGGAUACAAAUUCUAAAGUAUGCAAGGUCAAACCCAAAGGCAAAGUUCGAUGGACUGGUUCUCGAACACGUGGCAGAUGGAAAUACUCUAGCAACGAUGAAAGUGAAGGGUCUGACAGUGAAAAAUCAUCUGCGGUUUCAGAAGAAGAAAAGGGAAGUGAAGAGGCUGCCCCAGCUGAUGACGACGAACCAUGCAAAAAAUGUGGCCUUCCAAACCAUCCUGAACUAAUUCUUCUGUGUGACUCUUGUGACAGUGGAUACCACACCGCCUGCCUCCGCCCUCCUCUUAUGAUCAUCCCUGAUGGAGAAUGGUUCUGCCCACCUUGCCAACAUAAAUUACUAUGUGAGAAAUUAGAGGAGCAGUUGCAAGAUUUGGAUGUUGCCUUAAAGAAGAAGGAGCGUGCUGAACGAAGGAAAGAACGCUUGGUGUAUGUGGGUAUCAGUAUUGAAAACAUCAUUCCACCACAAGAGCCAGAUUUUUCUGAAGAUCAAGAAGAAAAGAAAAAGGAUUCAAAAAAAUCAAAAGUGAACUUGCUUGAAAGGAGGUCAACAAGAACACGGAAAUGUAUAAGUUAUAGGUUUGAUGAGUUUGAUGAAGCAAUUGAUGAAGCCAUCGAAGACGAUAUCAAAGAGGCUGAUGGAGGAGGAGUUGGCCGAGGAAAAGAUAUCUCCACCAUCACCGGUCACCGUGGGAAAGACAUCUCUACUAUUUUGGAUGAAGAACGAAAAGAAAAUAAACGACCCCAGAGGGCUGCUGCUACUCGACGUAAGAAACGGCGGCGACUGAAUGAUCUGGACAGUGACAGCAACCUGGAUGAAGAAGAGAGUGAGGAUGAAUUCAAGAUCAGUGAUGGAUCUCAAGAUGAAUUCGUUGUGUCUGAUGAAAACCCAGACGAAAGUGAAGAAGAGCCACCCUCCAACGAUGACAGCGACACGGAUUUCUGUGGCCGUCGGCUGAGACGACACCCCUCUCGGCCCAUGAGACAGAGCAGGCGCCUGCGGAGAAAGACUCCGAAGAAAAAGUACUCUGAUGAUGAUGAGGAGGAGGAAUCUGAAGACAACAGUCGAGACUCGGAAAGUGACUUCAGCGAUGAUUUUAGUGAUGAUUUCGUAGAAACUCGGCGAAGGAGGUCAAGGAGGAACCAGAAAAGACAAAUUAACUACAAAGAAGAUUCAGAAAGUGAUGGGUCCCAGAAGAGUUUAAGACGUGGUAAAGAAAUUAGGCGAAUUCAUAAGCGCAGGCUUUCCAGCUCAGAGAGUGAAGAGAGCUAUAUGUCCAAGAACUCUGAAGAUGAUGAGCUAGCUGAAGAAUCAAAGCGGUCCAUUCGGAAGAGGGGCCGAAGCACAGAUGAGUAUUCAGAAGCAGAUGAGGAGGAUGAUGAUGAAGGCAAACGAUCCCGGAAACGGCUACACCGGAUUGAGACUGAUGAGGAGGAGAAUUGUGACAGUGCUCACAGAGAUGCAGAUCAGCAUGCCCAUGAGAGCCAUGCCAGGGCUUUGCCCUCAGAACCGGUGAGCACCAAGAAGCCCUACCGGAUAGAAAGUGAUGAAGAAGAGGACUUUGAAAAUGUAGGCAAGGUGGGGAGUCCAUUGGACUAUAGCUUAGUGGACUUACCUUCCACCAAUGGACAGAGCCCUGGCAAAGCCAUUGAGAACUUGAUUGGCAAACCAGCAGAGAAACCUCAGACACCCAAGGACAGCAGUGCAGCCAGUGUAAGCCUGGCUCCCAAUGGGACAAGUGGUGGGCAAGAAGCAGGGGCACCAGAGGAGGAGGAAGACGAGCUUUUGAGAGUGACUGACCUUGUUGAUUAUGUCUGUAACAGUGAACAGUUAUAAAACUUUUUUUCUCUCCCAUUUUUGUGCUAAUUUAUUCCACGGUAGCUCUCACACCAGCGGCCAGUUAUUGAAAGUUGUUUUAUUUUUCCUAGAAAACUCAACAACAGAAUUACUUUCUAGAAGCAAAAUCUCAACAAAGUCUGAAGUCUUUCUGUGAAGUGACCAGUUUUGAACUUUGAAGAUAAAUGAUUGCUGUAAAUUCCUUUUGAUUUUCGCCCCCAAACUCAUGGUCCUUGGUAAUUUCAUUCGUGAAAAAAAAAAAGACCUUAUUAUAAUAACAACAAAAGAUUUGUAUAUUUUUGACUUUCUAUUUCCUGAGCUCUCCUGACUUUGUGAAAAAGGGUUGGAUAAGAAUGCAUUCCGAAUCAGUGAGGGCCCAAAACAGAAUUUAGGGAUAGGAGAAAGCACUUGUGCUUUAGCUUUUUCAUAUUAAAUAUAUAUUAUAUUUAAACAUUCAUGGCAUAGAUGAUUAACAGACUGUUUAAAAGUUCAAGUCUGUAUUGUUGCAGUUUGCAAAUUGUAGAUAACAUCAUACAUCAAUCAUUUAGUAACUGCCUUCAUGAAAUCAACUUGUUUACUAUUGGAGAUAACCACACUUAAUAAAUAAGAGAUGGAGAAAAGUACCAUCAGAAAGAACUCUAACCUAAGUUUCUGUUUUUAGCGGAGUUUCUUGUUUUUGUUUUUUUAAUCAUCUGAAAAGUAUUUGUAUAGUAAAAUGUAUAAUGAAGCUUUGACAACCAGAUUGUGCUAACAACAAAUUUUUUCAAAACAGCUUUAUGCAUUGGUGAGGAGGUGGCUUCUAAUAUUACUGUGUAUAUGGAGAUUUAUUGGUGAAUGAGUGUGGUCUUCCUUAAGGUCCAGGUAGACUGUAACUUUGCAGAUAAUCUAUAAUUCUUGUUUUCUGACCACUUGAUGUUUAAAUAUCUGGAAUAUCAAUUUGAAUGAACGACAUCUAUACAUAACAUACAUGCAGAGAUGCUAAGCUGACAGUGAUGUUUUAGCACAUUUGGAAUUGGGGAAUGGAUUUUCAGGUGAAUUUUAACUGGUCUAUUCUUGCCCUUAGUAUCUACUUCAAAUUGAAGUCUACAAACAAAGCAGUUCCUUUGGGAGGUUUUUAGUUUGAAUUUGUGUGUGUGUGUGUGUGUGUGUGUGUGUGUGGUGUUUUUUAGUUUGAAUUUGUGUGUGUGUGUG